AUGUACAAGAAGCCUCUCUCGCUCUGCCUUGUCGCCGACUGGAGUACGUGGUUCCAGACCCUGAAACAAGAAGCCGUCAAGUAUGGCGUGUGGAAAUACAUUGAAAAAUGCUACGAAGACCCCAGCAAGUGGGAAACACUUGGACGACCGGAGUUGCCCGUUUUGCCCGAGUGCCUUGAACACAUUCCGUCUUGCGCCGAGGACGGAGGCGACGCGGUGGACACCUACAAGAGAGCUUUCGACCACUUCACUGAGGUCACUCUGCCGAUGUACCAGCUUGAGUUGAAGCGCUACGACGCAGAAUGGGAGGGUCUCCAGAAAGUAGAACAGUUUUUCGACCGCACCGUCAGCAAGUGGGAAUUCGGCGCAGUAUUCACUUGCAGUGGGAGCCUCCGGGAACGAGUCGACAGCCUACGACGUGUUCUUCAGCCCUCGAUCGACAACCAAGUCACCGAGGCUUACCAUCAGCUGCACCACCACUUGCACACGCUGCAUGAUGGCAAACACCCCGAUUCGUCUGUCGACUGGAGUUGA